CAAAUGGGUUUGAUCCCGGCGCUGCACUUAUUAAGUCGUUGCCCGCCAAUAAAAUCUACAGAAGAAGAAAAAGUCAGACUUAACAUAUAGUGAAGCGCAUGAAGAGGAGGAGGGAAAGAAGGGAGUGUUAUGUUUGGUGUAUCACAUCAAACUGUGGGCUGGUUUGACUUGUCACCGGUCCUGUCGGGCAAACGGUAUAUUUCGGUCACUAGUUACAAAACAAGGAUAAAGACCGACAACAGCCGGAAACACCGAGGCGUCACGACACAACAAGUAGUUAUGCAGGAUGGUCGAAUUAACGGACACUGCUUUUAAAACCACUGGAUCAAAGUGGCUGCUGCCUGUCAGCCAAUACGUUAACUUACCUCUUGAGCAGGUGAAUUUUUUGGCAUGCCAAGGGUUUGCCCUAGCUGCUGCCUUCUGGUUUCGUCUCUACCUCGGUCCCAGCCAUGCCAAUCCCCUGGUCAGGCAUGCUGUGGCCACACUCCUUGGCAUUGCCUUUCUCAUGUUCUGCUUCGGAUGGUACUCUGCUCACAUCCUGACAGUAGUGGCUGCAAACUACUUGAUCAUGAUCAAAGCUGACAUCAACCAUGUACACAGGUAUUCCAUGGUGAUAGCUAUGGGCUAUCUGACAGCGUGCCAAGUGAGUCGAGUCUUCAUCUUUAACUAUGGAAUACUGUCCACUGACUUCUCUGGGUAAGGAAAGACUUGAUCACGAUUGCCUCAUCUCUUUUGUUACUCAUGUCAGUUCUAGAGCAGUUUUUAUGUUAUCAGUUAACAUUUCCAAGCUGUGUGAUGCCUGCUUACACAGGGCCUUGUGUAAAUACAACAGCACUGAUUAAAAAGCAGCAGUGUGGAUUGUCCAGCCCAGGUAGAGUGAAGGCACUGGCUGCCUCCUGGCAACUGUAAUUUGGUUGUUAGAAGCAAGACUGCAUUUAAAUAAGCAGGAAGUUUACUUUUUUGUCUGUUUGCCUUUAUUUGGAGGGUUUCUCUUCAUUACAACAUUACACAUCCUCCUCCUGACUACUACAAGGAUUAUAAAGAACUGUUCAAACUAGGU